AACAUUUUGUAUUUGCUAUUACUUCUAGGAAUAAAUUAUUACUGAUAAAAAGAAUAAGGGUACUCAUAAAGCUCAAAUGUGUAAUGUGAUGAUCAGAAUAGAACACUCUUGAAUCUACUAAUUAAGUAAAUUAACAGAUGAAAAAAUGGCCUAAAUAUGACUAAUUUAACUUAGGACCGAAAUGUUGCCGUCUUUCCCAACCCCAAACUCAUGUGUGCAAGUCAUCAAUCGAUCUCUGCCUCCGGAUCCAGCUCCUGCGCAAUUCAUCGAAUCAUCGAUCUACCUCAUCUCCGUCGCUGUCUUUCUUCCUCUCAAGUCAUCGAUCGAGCUUCUGCCUUCGGAUCCAGCUCCUAUGCAAUUCAUCGAUCAAGCUCAUCUCUGUCGCUUUCUUUCUUCCUCUAGCAAGUCUACUUGUCAAGCAAUUGCUGGAGAGGACGCAAUCGCUACAGUAAGGAUGACGAUUUCGCAGCUCUUCAUCGUCAUCGCCAAAUCGAUUUUAGAUCUCGUUCUUCUUAAUCUUCUUACCUAGCCAUUCUUUUUCGUGUUUCGGGAUGGGGCUGGGGCGACUGGACUUGCACAGGCGGCGGCCGUUGGGAAGGGGGCUAAGAAGGUCGGGGAGGGGGUUGGGGUGGUGCAGCGACGGUGGGGCAGUGGCGGUGGUGCGAGACUGGGGAGUGGGGGAGAAUGACGGUGGUGUGGUGGUGGGGCGGUGGCGAUGGUGCAGGGCUUGGAAGUGGUGGUGUAGGGGAGUAACAAACUCAUCACAGAAUCAAUUUGAGUAAAGCAGG